AUGGUCAACCUGCUUCAGUCUUGGCUCCCUUGUUGCAUGUCCAGCGUGCCCAGUUAUCUUUUAAGUCUCUUACUUCUGCUGGUCACCUACUUCCUCUACUCUUACCUGACCAAUAGAAAGUCAUGGGAAAGUUACGGAGUCGAACAGGUGUCUCUGGGAAAACUGGCCUUGACAGACUUUAGACAAGCUGUGGUGCAGCUCAUAGAGAGUCACGGUGACACUAUAGGCAUACAUAGAGGUCGGAUGACGCUCCUCACGCGCGACCUUGACCUUCUCAAACACGUGUUGGUCAAAGAUUUCAACAACUUUGUGAACAGGCUUCCCAUCAUGACCACGACUUCCGCCCUUGAGACCGGCGUGUUCUUUUUAAACGAUUAUGAUUGGAAGAGAGUGAGACACGUGAUUACGCCAUCAUUCACCACAACCAAAUUAAAGCAGGUGGCAUCCAACAUUGAGGAAUCUGCCCGUAAGCUGACCAACGUUCUGGAAGAAUAUGCCAAAAAGGGCGACUUGGUCCCAAUCAAGUACAUAGCUGGUCAGUUUACAAGCGAGGUCAUUGCCCGGUCUGCUUUUGGCUUCAAGACGGACUGCAUAGGCAAAGAGGACGAUGAGUUUACAGGUCAUGCCAAGAAGAUGCUGAGAAUUCGAGGAGGCGUCAUGUCCGUGGUCAUGAGGAUCAUGUUCCAGUUCAAGUGGAUACAGAACUUCCUGGUCAAGAAAGUUGGCAUCACAUUGCUCGACCAAGCCGAUCCUGAUUCUGACAGAUACUUUGACACUAUACUACGAAGAACUGUGGCCGAAAGACAAGAACUUUCUAGCCUGGGAAAACUCAUGCCGAACGAUCUGCUGCAAAGUUUAAUCUCAGCGAAAGAAGAAGGCGACAGGGAAGCGGCUUCAUUUUCUGAACAUGCUGAUGGUGUCACGUGGGAGAAGCUGCCUAAAACAAUGUCAGAAAGGGAACUGAUUGGUCAGUCUAUGCUGAUCAUCUUUGCUGGAUUUGAGACAACAGCCACGACACUGCAGCUGGCUCUGUAUUUGUUAGCCCAACAUCCAGAUAUCCAGGAGAAAGUCUACCAAGAGAUCCUAGAGACAGUUCAGUCUGACACUCCAACCUACGAAGAACUGGGUCAUCUCAAAUACAUGGAACAGGUAAUCAAUGAAACUCUACGGCUCUAUCCACCAGCCCCUAUUUCAUCCAGAGUCGCUGCAGAUACUUAUCACUACAAAAACAUUGUUAUCCCAAAAGGCGCUUCCAUCAUCAUCGCCAAGGACGCCAUCAUGAGGGAUCCCAAAAAUUUUCCCGAGCCCUCGAAAUUCGACCCCGAGAGGUUUUCCGAGGAGAACAAAUCCAGCAGGGACUUAAUGACAUUCCUGCCUUUUGGCCACGGCCCUCGCCAGUGCAUCGGGAUGAGGCUGGCCUAUCUGGAGCUGAAGCUCGGCUUGGUGCACGUGCUGAGGAAGAUCAAGUUUGUUCUUAGCGAGAGGACACAUCCGAAAGUCGGCGAAGAGCUGAAGACUCGUUUUCAGGGCAUCAUUAUCACAGACAAGCCCAUACAACUAGAGGUACACUUGAGACAAGCAAAUUAACAGUUAUUAUUAUUAUUAUUGCUAUUAUUAUUAUUGCAAGUGCAUAAUGUUUGAGCAUAAAAUUAUAGAAACUCUACCGCAAUCUAAUUCAACCAGACACUUCUCGUGUAUUUCAAAAUCGCACAUUGAUCAAACAGAAUGUGAAAUACAUUUUACACAUAGAAAAACAAAAACUUUUCGUAUCGGAGAUUUUGUUUUUGUCAUAGACAUAAAUAAAUAUAGACUGGCCGAAGGAAGUAACUUAAUGUAACUUGAAAACAUGUACAUCUAUUGUAUUCGGAUGUUGUAGUUAUGGAAAGUUGCAUGAUCUUCAUUCUUAGAGAUUAAACAAAACUAUUGUAAUACUUAUAUAGGUUAUGGCUGAAAUAGAUAUGAGUACUUAACUUUUAUACUGCUCAUAAAUGCUGUAUAAUAAAGUGCACAAAAUUGCAAGUCACAAAUUUUCGUUUCAUAAAACUCUUUAAUCGGCCAGUCUAUAUUUAUUUAUGUCUAUGGUUUUUGUACUUUUUACCUCAUGAUGAAAAUAGAAAACUAUGGUGCGCCAGAGGGGAGGUGAGAAAAAAACUUUUUGAAUUGUUCUCACAACGUUGUCACCAGAAAGAUGAUAUGUUGUUAUUGUGUUCUAUGUAGUGUGUCUGUACUGUGUCAAGAUGAUAUGUCGUUAUUGUGUUCUAUGUAGUGUGUCUGUACUGUGUCAAGAUGAUAUGUUGUUAUUGUGUUCUAUGUAGUGUGUCUGUACUGUGUCAAGAUGAUAUGUUGUUAUUGUGUUCUAUGUAGUGUGUCUGUACUGUGUCAAGAUGAUAUGUUGUUAUUGUGUUCUAUGUAGUGUGUCUGUACUGUGUCAAGAUGAUAUGUCGUUAUUGUGUUCUAUGUAGUGUGUCUGUACUGUGUCAAGAUGAUAUGUUGUUAUUGUGUUCUAUGUAGUGUGUCUGUACUGUGUCAAGAUGAUAUGUUGUUAUUGUGUUCUAUGUAGUGUGUCUGUACUGUGUCAAGAUGAUAUGUUGUUAUUGUGUUCUAUGUAGUGUGUCUGUACUGUGUCAAGAUGAUAUGUUGUUAUUGUGUUCUAUGUAGUGUGUCUGUACUGUGUCAAGAUGAUAUGUCGUUAUUGUGUUCUAUGUAGUGUGUCUGUACUGUGUCAAGAUGAUAUGUCGUUAUUGUGUUCUAUGUAGUGUGUCUGUAAUGUGUCAAGAUGAUAUGUUGUUAUUGUGUUCUAUGUAGUGUGUCUGUACUGUGUCAAGAUGAUAUGUUGUUAUUGUGUUCUAUGUAGUGUGUCUGUACUGUGUCAAGAUGAUAUGUUGUUAUUGUGUUCUAUGUAGUGUGUCUGUACUGUGUCAAGAUGAUAUGUUGUUAUUGUGUUCUAUGUAGUGUGUCUGUACUGUGUCAAGAUGAUAUGUUGUUAUUGUGUUCUAUGUAGUGUGUCUGUACUGUGUCAAGAUGAUAUGUAGUUAUUGUGUUCUAUGUAGUGUGUCUGUACUGUGUCAAGAUGAUAUGUAGUUAUUGUGUUAUAUGUAGUGUAUCUGUAGUGCGUCAAGUACAUCAUACACUUUUGUAGUGUUAUGAUAAACAUUAAAUAUCGUCUGACUAAAAUGUCUUGGCUAUAAUAUAUUAUUAUUUUGUGUAAAAAUAAGAGAAACUUUACUCUCGACUUUGUUUCUGCUAAUGCUUUUCUAAAUGAUUAGAAUUUUAUUUCUUUGAAUCAAACCUUCCAAACCUGAACUUUAACAUCAAUAUUCAAAGGAUACUCAUUCAAUUUACUGGAAUUGGUUGAUCAUGCAAUCGAUAAUAUUUUUUAAAAUUUUACAAUGUGUCAAACAAUGUUAUGAUGUGUGUGUGUGUAGCACUGUGUGGUGAGUCUGUGUGUGUGUGACAAUACAGAGAAAAGAUAUUUUUGGAAAUCUUUAUUUUAAGACUUACGAGAAUGUGUCUGCUGUAAAAAAAAUUCUCAUUAUAUACACACAAUGUACUAUCUAAACAGAAAAAAAUACAAUUGUUCAAUAAAUUCUGAACUACAA